CUCAUGCGCCAGAAAAUUCAAAACUGCAACUACAUGUUCGACUUUAGCCCUGGGGCCGAGUUAUCGAGCCUCAAAGCGCGAGAGAUGAAGCGCACCGCAUUGCGAGAGCUGGUGCAGCUCUUCGAGUUGGAUCCGGUUACUGGUGCCCCACAAUUUCAAUGCACGCAGUUGGCCUUCUCCAUGACCCUCGUGGGCGACAUGGUCAACAUGUUUGAGAUUAACUGCUUGACCCGACCGCGACCACCCACCAGCUUCGGCGGGGCCGACUUUGAUCUAGAAGAGGACGAUUGCGUGCUUGACCCUUCUUGGCCUCAUUUAAUGUUGGCACUCAAUGCUUUCUUUGCCUACAUCUCCAAUCCGCUCUUUGACUCUCACGUGGGACGGCUAUACCUUCGGCAGCCCUUUGUACUCAAGGUGUUGCAACGACUUCGCUCUGCAGAGGAUUUUCGAGAACGUGAUUGGAUGAAAUCCAUCCUGCAUCGCGUAUACGGCAUCUUGCCGAGCUUGCGUGCUACCAUACGAAAAUGCAUUCGUGACGAGUUGCUUCACUUUAUCUACGAGUCACAAUCCCACAACGGCAUCGAGGAAAUCAUUGAGGUUGUCGGUAGCAUCAUCAAAGGUUUCGCAACGCCAAUCCGCGCGGAGCACCGUCGUGCUUUUUUUGACGUCAUCCUGCCUUUGCAUGCGGCCAAGUCAAUUAAUCCCUUUGCAUCACAGCUCAGCUUUUGCGUUGUGGUGUACUUGUCUGAGAAAGAUCCAGAGAGCCUGGUUCCCGCUCUUGAAGUGUUAUUGCGAUACUGGCCCAAAACAAACUCGGUGAAGCAGUUGUUCUUCCUGAACGAGGUCAACGACCUCCUCAUUGAGUGCACGGACUAUGCUUUUCAGGAGGUUUUGCCCAUACUUUUAAAAAUGUUGCAAUAUGCGCUGCGCAGCAAACAUUUUCAAGUGGCAGAGCGAGCGUUGCUGAUCAUGCAGUCAAGCUUUAGCAUGUACAUGAUUAUGGAUAGCUUUGUAGAUAGCAUGGGCGUUCUCUUGAAUCCUCUUCUCGAGGUUGGCGCCUUGUCCCUUGUUCGUCGGGCUUCCUUGAUGCUCUCUCUGGUCUGGUUUUUCAACGCCUCACCUUGA